AGGUUACUUGAGAAUUGAAGAUGGCAGGCUUCGGACGCGGAGGGAGAGGGGCCGCUCUCCUGAAGCUCCUGGAGGAGCCACAAAGGAGACCUGGUCAAAGUGGAGACGCCGAGAAGGUCGAGAUUAAACCAGCCAGUAGGACCGAUGUCCCAACUCCCGGUGCCCCUAAACCGGCAUUUGGGAGAGGUUUACAGAGACAACAGAUCGAGGAGGAAGCUAAAAAAAUUCCAGGGGUACAAACAAGUGCGCCACCACAGAAGGCACCCGUGCCAUUUGGACGCGGGAUUUCGAGCAUGCCGAUUGGUCGAGGUUUUUCUUCCCAGCAACCCCUAUCACAGACACCCUCCCCUCGCCAGACCCCUUCCCCACUUCAGAAACCCCCCUCACCAGCGCGGAAAACCCCCUCACCGCCGCAGGCGUCCCCCUCGCCGACGGGCAGGGGCAUGGGCAUGAUGACCUCCGCUGCAUCUUCAGCCGUCUCCAGCCCCGCGCCUACCCCGACGCCCUCCGUGGGACCUGGUGGGGACAGGUUUGCCACGCUGGAUGAGAAGAUGGGCCAGAUGUCUCUCCAAGGGAAAGAAAUUCAUGGCUCUUCCGGCAGAGAGGCUCGUGCAGCCAGCAACUACAUUCCAAUCCGUUGUUUGAACAAAGCAGUCUGGCAGUAUGCGGUAUCCUUUUCACCGGAGCUCGAUAGCAAGAAGAUGAAACUCCGGAUGGUCUUUGAUCAUUCCGAUGUGAUUGGAGACGUCAGAGCUUUCGAUGGAGCCAUUCUCUUCCUUCCUAUUAAACUACCUCAGAAGGUGACGUUGCUGAAAAGUGUUCGUUCAUAUGAUGACACUGAAAUCACCAUCAAAGUCGAUAUGGUCAAGGAAGUCAAUCCGAUGGAAUGCACGCAGAUCUACAACAUCAUCUUUAGGAAGGUCAUGAAAAUACUGGAGAUGAAACAAGUCGGACGCCAUUACUUUGACCCGACGCGACCUGCAAUAGUACCACAGCAUAAACUGGAGAUAUGGCCUGGGUACAUCACAGCUAUUAGCCAGUAUGAAGGAGGUCUUAUGUUACACGCUGAUGUAGCACAUAAGGUCCUCUGCAAUCAGACAGUACUAGACACCAUGCAAGCUAUCUACUCACGUGUUCCAGAUAAAAAUAGGUUUCGAGACGAGUGCACGAGACAGAUCAUCGGGAGUGUGGCUCUCACUCGCUACAACAACAAGACGUAUCGCGUCGAUGACAUCGACUGGAAUUCCAACCCCCAAACCACGUUCACGUCACACGGCGAAGAGAUCUCAUUUGUAUAUUAUUACAAGAAGAACUACAAUCUUGACAUCACUGACCUGGGUCAACCCUUACUCAUCAGCAGAAUCAAGAAGAAGCCUCCCCGCGGUCAGGCCAGAUCAGGGACCCCACAGGAGGAAGAAAUCAGAUUGGUUCCCGAGUUGUGCAGUCGUACGGGACUCACUGACGACAUGAGAGCCGACUUCAGAAUCAUGAAGGAUCUAGCCACGCAUACAAGAGUCACACCCAAUCAACGACAUGCUGCCAUGCGUAAGUUCAUCCAGAACGUGUACUCCAAUCCGAAAGCCUUGGCUGAGCUCCAGGGAUGGGGUCUUGAGCUGCAAAAAGACCUCCUUCAGUUAACGGCUCGUCAGUUACCGCUAGAGAAGAUCGUGCUUGGCCGUACUUCAUUCACGGCAUCCAAAGAAGCUGACUGGGGGCGUGAAGUCACCAGGCAACACGUCAUCACUGGGGUUCCGCUCAAAAACUGGUUGGUCGUCUUCACAAGACGCGAUGCAUCGAAGGCAGCCGAGUUCAUACAGAUGAUGAAGCAAGUGGGGCCUCAGAUGGGUAUUAACGUUGACCAUCCCUCCAUGGUAGAGCUACAGGAUGAUAGGACGCAGAGCUACACCAGCAUGGUCAAGAAAUCAAUCAACCCUCAGCUUCAACUAGUGAUCGCUAUCUUCCCAACUUCCCGAGAUGAUCGUUACAGUGCUUUCAAGAAACUGUGCUGCAUAGAGGCACCUAUUCCCUCUCAGGUGAUCAACGCGAGGACGAUCUCACAGAAGCAGAAGAUACGAAGCGUCACUCAGAAGAUUGCUCUACAAAUCAACUGCAAACUGGGCGGAGAGCUCUGGGCUCUUGAGAUUCCAAUGAAAAGCCUGAUGGUGAUUGGUAUUGAUGUGUAUCACGAUCCCACCAGAGGCAAGAAGUCUAUCGGAGCAUUCGUAGCCAGCAUGAACCAUGACCUAACCCAUUGGUUUUCAAGGGUGUGUUUCCAGUCUCCUCAUCAGGAAUUGAUUGCCGGUCUCAAACUCUGCUUCACGUCGGCACUCAAGAAGUUCCAUGACAUCAACCACUCAUUGCCUGAGAAAAUUGUUAUCUUCCGAGACGGCGUAGGAGACGGUCAGUUGAACGUGGUAGCAACCUACGAACAGGAGCAGCUCUCCCAAUGCUUCAGCAUGUUCGGUGAAUCUUACAAGCCUCAGCUAGCUAUCGUCGUCGUCCAGAAGAGAAUCAACACAAGGAUAUUCUCUCUAUCGAAUGGCGGCUACGAUAACCCGUUCCCGGGCAUGGUCGUGGAUCACACCAUCACGCGUCAGAAGUGGUACGACUUCUUCCUCGUCUCCCAGCACGUGCGCCAGGGCACGGUCACACCGACGCACUACGUCGUCGUCCACGAUGGCACCAAACUCAAGGCAGAUCACAUGCAGAGGCUGGCGUACAAGCUGACUCACCUCUACUACAACUGGCCUGGAACAGUGCGCGUCCCAGCACCCUGUCAGUAUGCCCACAAGCUUGCCUACUUGGUUGGACAAAACCUACACAACGAGCCGUCGGUAGACCUGUGCGACAAGCUCUUCUUCCUGUGAAACUGGGGCCAACGCCGACCCUGUGUUUGUCAUGACAUCGUUCGACUCCGUUUGCAUGGAUUUAAUCG